CGCGCAUGCGCCGGACUCCCUGCCCACGGUAUUCGGGCUCCCACCUCGGUUCAGAGCGGAAAAGCCGGAGGCGUGCAGCAGGGGCCCUGCGAAGCUGGGCGGUUGGGCAUUGCUGCCUGAAGUCCGCCGGUGCACCUGCCCGCCCGCGAGCCGUCAGUAACCGUUCCUGCAGUUUCCAGUCAGCCAGACUGGAACUCACAUAGACGCCCCAGGGACACUGGGUUCCCUAAGAGUUGCCCCAGGCUUAAUGAUUGUCCAGAAGGCGGCUAUAAAGGGAGCCUGGGAGGCUGGGUGGAGGAGGGAGCAGAAAAAGCCUAACUCAGCAGAGCCGGGCCCUGUGAGAGCUGCAAGCCGGAGCUGUGGUCAGAGGCCGGGUGACCUGGCCAGGAGGGCCUGCUCUCUGCCACCAUGGCGGCCCAGGGCUAUGGCUACUACCGCACUGUGAUCUUCUCCGCCAUGUUUGGAGGCUACAGUCUGUACUACUUCAACCGCAAGACCUUCUCCUUUAUCAUGCCUUCACUGGUGGAGGAGAUAUCUCUGGACAAAGAUGACUUAGGGCUCAUCACCAGCAGCCAGUCGGCAGCCUAUGCCGUCAGCAAGUUUGUGAGCGGGGUGCUGUCUGACCAGAUGAGUGCUCGUUGGCUCUUCUCCUCUGGGCUGCUCCUGGUUGGCCUGGUCAACAUCGUCUUUUCCUGGAGCUCCACAGUGCCGGUCUUUGCUGCUCUCUGGUUCCUCAAUGGCCUGGCACAGGGGCUGGGCUGGCCCCCCUGUGGGAAGGUCCUGCGGAAGUGGUUUGAGCCAUCCCAGUUUGGCACGUGGUGGGCCAUCCUGUCCACCAGCAUGAACCUGGCUGGAGGGCUGGGCCCCAUCCUGGCCACCAUCCUCGCCCAGAGCUACAGCUGGCGUAGCACGCUGGCCCUGUCUGGAGCACUGUGUGUGGCUGUCUCCUUUCUCUGUCUCCUGCUCAUCCACAAUGAACCUGCUGACGUUGGACUCCGAAACCUGGACCCCACCCCUUCCAAGGGCAAGAAGGGCUCCUUGGAGGAGAGCACCCUACAGGAGCUGCUGCUGUCCCCCUACCUGUGGGUGCUCUCCACUGGCUACCUCGUGGUGUUUGGAGUGAAGACCUGCUGUACUGACUGGGGCCAGUUCUUUCUUAUCCAGGAGAAAGGACAGUCAGCCCUCGUAGGUAGCUCCUACAUGAGUGCCCUGGAGGUUGGGGGCCUUGUAGGCAGCAUUGCAGCUGGCUACCUGUCAGACCGGGCCAUGGCAAAGGCAGGGCUGUCUGUCUAUGGGAGCCCUCGCCAUGGUCUACUGCUGUCCAUGAUGGCUGGCAUGACAGUGUCCAUGUACCUCUUCCGGGUGACUGUGACCAGUGACUCCCCCAAGGAUGCCAUCUGGACUCCGGUUCUUCACCCUCUUGCUGAGCUCACAGGCUUUACGGAGCAUGAGCUCUGGAUUCUGGUAUUGGGAGCUUUGUUUGGUUUCUCCUCCUACGGUCCCAUUGCCUUGUUUGGAGUUAUAGCCAACGAGAGCGCUCCUCCCAACUUGUGCGGAACCUCCCAUGCUAUUGUGGGGCUCAUGGCCAACGUGGGUGGCUUUCUGGCUGGGUUGCCCUUCAGCACCAUUGCCAAGCACUACAGUUGGAGCACCGCUUUCUGGGUGGCUGAAGUGGUCUGUGCAGCCAGCACAGCGGCCUUCUUCCUCCUGCGAAACAUCCGCACCAAGAUGGGCCGAGUGCCCAAGAAGUCUGAGUGAAGAGAAUUACAGAUUCUGGAACACCCUCUUCUGUCUGUGGCCUUGCCCCUGCACAUGAAGUGGGUGGGGGCUGCUCUAGUGAGCACUGAACCUCUGACUUACCUUUCCUGCUCCUUUUCCCUUGCCCAGGUGGUGCCGGAAGUUAUCAGUGGCUAAUGAGAUCCCAGCUCCCCAUCCCAUACUCUGUUUAAAGGACAAUCUUUGUUCUUGGGCUCCACUAGCUCCUCAGACAGCCAGGAAAUACUUGAGUCAGGGAGUCUCCCGCUCCUGGGUCCUAUCCCCACUCCCACCUGAGAGCUGCAGGACACCAAUGGCCCAGGACCUCUGCCCUGAGUCCACUCAGCAAGAGGCAUGGCAGCAGCUACUGCCAAGGCUCAGGAUCUAGGGGAAGAGAGGCUGUCCCUCUCACCAGUACCGUAGGUGUAUGGGGUAUGGGUGCAAGGGUAGGAAUACUUGAUAGAUUAAAACUAGAUUUGAUACUAAACACUGUCAGUCAUUCUUUCAAAAGAAGUACUAGAAGCUAGAGAUAGCUUCCUCUGGAAAAAAUCCUUCGUACCUGUUCCUUCUACACAAAAGGGAGGCUUCAUUCCCCUGGAAUGGGAAAGAUGACGUGCAGAUGGACUCUCUAUGGCCUUCAACUUAAUGCCGUGUAACUCAGUGAUCAUUUUGGAAGUGAAGCUACCGGGUUAUCAGGAAGACUAAAUAACUUGACAGACAGGUGGCAACGUAACAGUGGCUCACUGACAGGGCAGUCAGAAGUGUGAGUUCAAGCACAGACGGACAUUAACUUUGAGACUUGGAGACAGAGAGAGCUUGUACUUUCCUGUCUGUAACAGAAUGUGUUUGCUGAGGUUACGGUGAGAAUAAAAUGGUAAACAUUUGAUCAUCA